AUGGUCCAGGACCAGGUGCCCACGUCUUCUCCCGCGGCUCCAGCCGCUCCGGACGGCGGGUGGGGAUGGAUGGUCGUCCUGGCAGGCUUUGUGCAGUCGGCCCUGGUCUUCGGGGUGAUCCGCUCCUUCGGCGUCUUCUUUGUGGAGUUUCUGGCCCAUUUCGGAGAAUCCUCCAGCAGCAUCUCCUGGGUGGUGUCCCUGGGGAUCGCCGUCCUGCAGUUUGCAAGCCCGAUGGGGAGCGCCCUCAGCGCCCGCUACGGGGCACGUCCCGUUGUGAUGGCUGGUGGUUUUCUGGCAAGUGGGGGGCUGUUCCUGGCGUCCUUCUCCACCAACCUGAUCCAUCUGUACCUCAGUGUCGGCCUGCUUACAGGGCUAGGAUGGGCCCUCGUGUUCACACCUUCCGUGGCUGCUGUGUCCCAUUACUUUGAGAAGCGACGGACACUGGCCAUGGGUCUGGCCGUGUCGGGGGCCGGGGUCUCCUCGCUGGCCUUCUCCCCGUUCUUCCAGUACCUGGUGGACUUAUACGGAUGGCGGGGGGCACUCCAGAUCGUGGCAGGCAUAUCCCUGAACUUGCUGGCAUCCGGUGCGGUGCUGCGCCCCUUGGCUGUGGAAGGAGGCAAGCCCCCUGGAGACAAGGGGGGGGGCUUCUGCCAGGAGCCGAGGACCCUGGCCUCCUCCUUUGCACUGGAGCUGUUGCAUCACCGACCCUUCCUGCGCUACGUCUUGGUCUUUGUCCUGGUGGACAUGGGGUACUUUGUCCCCUACGCCCACUUGGUGGCUUACGCAAGGGAAGUGGGCUGCAGAGAAUACGAUGCGGCUUCCAUCAUGUCGGUCGCCGCCAUUGCAGACAUGGCGGGUCGCAUCUUUGCUGGCUGGCUGGCGGAUUCCCAGGUCUUCUCCCGUUCGGUCCACGACUUGACCCUUUGGAUGGCCUUGACAGGCAUCGCCCUCACCCUGGUGCCCCUGGGACACAGCCUCGAGACCCUGAUGCCCCUCGGCCUCUGCUACGGAUUCUUUGCCGGGGCCCUGGUCCCGCUGCAGUUCACCAGCCUGGUGGAGAUUGUCGGUGCCAGAUACGUGCUGGCGGGCAUUGGAUUCAUGCAUAUGCUGGAGAGCACAGGGGCCCUGGUGGGGACCCCCAUUUCAGGUUGGCUGAGAGAUAUCACGGGGAACUUCACCGCGUCCUUCAUCUCCGCUGGAGCGGUCCUCUUGGCUGGUAGCCUUGUCCUUCUUACGUUGCCCAACUACUUCUCUUGCUCAAGACCACCCAAAACCCAGCCGCCUGGCACAGCCGAACACCAAGACCCAAAGACCCUGGAAUCAGGAGGGUUACCCCAACAAGGCAGAAACCUUUACCAGAUAGAAACGGGCUAGUCCAUUCCCACAACCAAACAGAAAAAAGAAAAACCUCUUCGUCCCUCACUUCCUCGUCCACAGCUCUUCAUACUUGCUGCUGGUCCAACUCGUUCUUGUGACUUCGACACAGGGGAGAGAUCUCUGUUGGUUUUACAGGACACCAGGCAGGGGUGUUUGCAAGGGGGGAGGGGGGGUUUAAAAAAAAUAUCAAGAUAGCAACCGCAACCAUGUGAUCGAAGCCCUGACCUAAAUUGCUGUCACAGGUAGUCCUCGUUUUGCAACCACAAUUGGGAUCGGCAACUCGGUCAUUAAGCAAAGCGGUCACUAA